CCUCCCGCAUUCGCUGACCUCUGUCCUCAUACCCCCCUUCCACCCCUCCAUCAUGGCACGCGCGGGGAAGAACUUCACGACGAAACCCCAGAAGAAGGGCAAGCGCGAUCAGAAGUUGAAGGAUCAAGUUUUAGCGCUGGGCGGUACGGAGGGCGAUUAUGAUCUCGUGAAGGACGCGGACAAGGGGCCUACUGCAGGGAAGGGUACUGCUGAAGAUCCCGCUCUGUCUCGCGAGGUUUCCAAGUUUCUCAAGGGCCUCAAGAGUGGAGGCGCGGUCGAAAAUGAUGCGAACGAUGAUCCAUAUCCCCCCAAGUACACGAAGAAGGACAAGAAGGACAAAAAGCGGAAGGCCGCAGAGAGCGCACCCUCAUCGUCCACUGCCGAAGCGAAACUACACAAGAAGGACGGCAAGCCGCAAGGGAAGCAUGCGAAGGGGAAGGAUACCAAGUUAGAUGGGAAACAGCGCAAGGGCAAGGAGACCGAGAAGGCUGCGGAGGAUACUGCCCCAGAACCUCCCAAGCCGCGCGUCGUGCUCCCGGAGAAGGUCACUGUGACCGGCAAGUUCGCCAUCCCCCCGACCUCGCACUGGUACUCCAUCCUCGAGCCGCUCGGACCUGCGCCCAACGCGCCCUCACCCUCCGAUCUCGCCGCGCUAGCUUCCAAGGCCGCUCGCCUACACGAAGCUGAUGUCGCCGCCUAUCGCGCCUCGUCUGCAUCCAACUCCGCCUCGGAGGCGCACUUCCUGUCGAACAUCAUCCAGUCGGGUACAUUGUCCGAUCGGCUCAGUGCUUUGACGCUGCUUGUGCAGAGCAGCCCGCUGCAUAACACGCAUGCGCUGGAGACGCUGAAGGGUAUGGGCGAGCGCGGGAAGGGCAAAGGAGGACGCGAGGAGAGCCUGAAGGCCCUGCGAUCAGUGGUGGACUGGUGGGUCGGAGGUGGCGCGCCGGGGAGGAAGCUCAAGUACUUCCGCGAUCAACCACUUACGCAUCCAGAUGUGACGGACGAGCACCUCAUUGUUUGGCACUUUGAGGACUGGCUGAAGAAGUACUUCUUCUCCAUUCUCCAGAUUCUGGAGGCCCUGUCCUUGGAUACCCUGAGCUAUGUCCGCUUGCAAGCGCUGAACCUCAUCACCACCCUUCUCCGCGAGAAGCCCGAGCAGGAGCAGAACUUGCUCCGCCUGCUUGUCAACAAGCUCGGCGACCCCGAACGCACCGUCUGCUCGCGCGCCUCCUACCACAUUCUCCAGCUCCUGCAGCAACAUCCGUCGAUGAAGGGCGUCGUCGUCCGCGAGGUCAUCAACCUUGUCAUGCGUCCCGCCGCCGCCCCUGCGCCAGCCGCCCCCCCCAGCGGGUCCUCCUCCGGCAAGCACAUGCGCUUCGAUGCCCCGUCGUCCGCCAAAUCGAAGAGCGCUGCCCCCGCCCCGAAGGCGGCGGGCAAUCCGCAUGCGCGCUACUACGCUGCAAUUACCUGCAACCAGAUCGUGCUCGCGCCGAACGACCGCGACGUCGUGCACGCCCUCGUCAACUUCUACUUCGACAUGUUCAAGGAGCUGCUCGGCGAGAAGCCCGAGGGCGACGGUGAUGCUGCGUCCGAGGCCGGCACCCCCGCGCCCGAACUUGACAAGCAAGGGCGCGUGAAGGACAGGAAUGCGCUGAAGAAAAAGGGCAGCGCGCCCUCGAAGGACAAGAAAGGGAAGGGCAAGAUGGCCACGGGCGCUGCGGGCUUCGCCGAAGUCGAGGACGCGCAGAGCAAGCUGAUCUCCGCGAUCUUAACUGGUGUGAACCGCGCGCUGCCGUUCGCGCGCCUCGACUCGGCGGACGCGGCGCUCAACAAGCAUAUUGACACGCUGUUCUUCAUCACGCACCAGUCGACGUUCAAUAUCUCGCUGCAGGCGCUGGUGCUGAUUCAGCAGAUCGCGGCGUCGCUGGGGAUGCACCAGGCGUCCAGCGCGGCGGCGAAGGCGAUCAUAGACCGGUACUACCGCACGUUGUACGCGUCGCUGCACGAUGCACGGCUUGCGAGCUCGGCGAAGCAGGCGAUGUACUUGAAUCUGCUGUUCAAAUCGUUGAAGGCAGACUCGAGUGCCGAGCGCGUCAAGGCGAUGGUCAAGCGACUCGUGCAGCUACUCGCUGCAGGCGGCAAUGGCGCGACCGAGUUCGUGGCGGGUGGAUUGUACCUUCUCGGCCAGCUCUUCGACUCCAUCCCAGGCUUGCGCAGUAUGGUCACCGACGCGCCGUCUGUGUCUGCUACCGAGGCCUACGAUGCUCGCAAGCGCGACCCUCUCUUCGCGAACGCGUCCGCGAGCCCGCUGUACGAACUCCUCCCCCUCACCCACCACUACCACCCCGCCGUCGCCCUCCACGCACGGCAGCUGCUCGCCGGCCAGCCGCUUACUGCCAGCGCCGACCUCUCCCAGAACACGCUCACCCACUUCCUCGACCGCUUCGUCUACAAGAACCCCAAGAAGCUCAAGGCCGACGAUAAUGUCGCUGUCUCCGGCAAGGCGCGCGGCGCGAGCGCGAUGCAGCCCGCGGCGAGCGGGGUCGACGGCACGGCCGUGAAGUUGAUGCGCGGGGAGGUGCCUGGGGUGGCGCCGUUAGUGACGGACGCGGCGUUCUUGAAGAAGAGGGAGGAGGAGGUGCCCGUGGAUGAGGUGUUCUUCCAUCGCUAUCUGACGAGGAAACAGAAGGGCAAGGCGCAGGCGGAUGAUGGUGAGCCUGAGGAAAGCGCAGAGGAGGAGGCGGGUGAUGCGGAGUCUGGGGAGUCUGCCGCGGAGGACAGCGAUGAGCAGGAUGACAAUGGUCCCUUCAUCGACUUGAGCGACGACGAGCGGACUGAGGUGCCGAAGGAAGCUUCCGAGGAGAAGGACGAGGACGAAGACGAGACUGAUGACGAGGAAGAGGCCGAGAUCUGGAAGGCUAUGAAAGCAAGCAUGCCGAAGGCCGGUGAUGACGACGACCUCGAUCUUAUGGAGGACAGCGAUGAUUCGGACGACGUUCCCUCAGGCCUCGAUGGCGAAGGCUCCGAUGAGGUCCCCUCUGACCUCGAUAGUGGGGAGGAUGAGGACGCCGCUGCCUCGGCCGCCUCCGAGUCCGACGACGACGAAGAUGACGAUGACGCCGCCUCUGACGCUGACGAUCUCUCCCUCGCCGAAGCUUCUGACGACGACGACCUCAUGCCUAUUGACGACGCCUUUGGGCCCGACGGCGUCCUCGAGUAUGACGGUUCCGACGCCUCGGAGGAGGAGGACGAGUGGCAUGGAUUCCCGGACGACAAGAAGAAGCGCAAGCGCGAUGCGGAGGGCGGGGAGAAGAGGACGAAGAAAAAGCAGCGUCUGCCGACCUUCGCGAGCUAUGAGGACUACGCGAAGAUGAUCGAGGAUACGCCGGAGGACAAUAUAUAG